GGGAUAAAAGUUGCAGCGGCAGCAGACAUGAAACCCUCCAACGGGCUCGUCACGAGCAGUUUGGAUAGUUUCUCCACUGACUGCAACAACCAAAGUCUCUCUGCAGCAGACUGAGACUCCCACUGAACUUCUACUGAAAUACUGAAGGUGGGCAGAAGUGCAGCAGAUGAGGAUCUGUGGAAGAUUUCCUGACAGGUGCACUUGCUAAAUGAAGAUAAUUUAUGUUGGACAGAUUUUUUUUACCGAAGAUCAACGGCGCUGAACUGAACCACCACAGCUGCAAAAUGACAAUCAGUGUUGCCAGCAUCGCCAUGACGACAAUCAACACGGCGACGGUUGUGUUACAUUCCAAACGAGCUGCAAAGGACUCCACUCUGAAAAGAAGCAUUUCAUCCUCUAAAAUGCUGCCACGAAGCUCCUGGAUGAGAUGUGCCAUCUGACGGCUCAGUCUCUGACAGCAAUGGACACAUCGGAGCACUUCAAGAUCCUGAAGAUCCUGGGUGAAGGCUCGUAUGGCAAAGUCAUGCUGGCUGUUCACAGGAAGAGAGGUACUCCAAUGGCUCUGAAGUUCUUCCCUCGUGAGUCAACGUCUCUCUUCUCUUUCCUGAGGGAGUACAACCUCUCCCUGUCGUUCUGCACCCACCCGUCCCUGACCAGAGCGCUGGGAAUCGCCUACUCCACGCCGUCGCACUACGUCUUCGCUCAGCAAGCAAGCCUCUUCGGCGAUCUCUACGAUGUCAUCUUACCCGAGGUCGGUAUGGAGGAGGACUGUUGUCAGCGGGUGGUGUCCCAGCUGUGUGGCGCUCUGUCCCACCUGCACUCUCUUGGUUUUGUCCACAGAGACCUCAAACCGGAGAACGUCUUCCUGUGCGACUCCGCAUGUCGCUGGGUCAAACUAGGAGACUUUGGCAUGGUGAAGGCCAGGGGCGCCAGGGUCCCGGAGGUCUGGUACAGCUCCCCUUACUGUACCCCUGAGUCCGAGAUCGCUCGCGGCAACGAGGACAGCUGGAACAGCGUGAGUGAUGGGAAGGACGGCGUUAAGGAGGAUGAAGAGAAGAAAAAGAAGGCGAGAGUUUGGGUGUCUGUGGAGCCCAGCACAGACAGCUGGGCGCUGGGGAUCCUGACCUACGCCAUGCUCACCGGCAGUCAUCCCUGGGCUGAAACAGCCAGCGACUGCCACUCAUACCUGAAGUAUCUGGAGUGGUUUGACCAAGCGGAAGGUCCCGAUGAUGAACUGGACGUGUGGGUCGAGCCGCAGGGCGAGAGCACGCGGGAUGUCAUCGAUUUGAUCGGGGCAGAACUUGGAAAGAAAUGCCGCCCUCCCAUAGCGCCCCAGUUUGCGUGUUUCACCCCGCUGGCCUGCUGCUUCUUCCAGUCGCUGCUCGACCCGAGGCCCCGGCUUCGCGGACGACCCGAGGUGGCGCUGAAUUACCUCGGAGAGGACUGGGUGAUGGAGAAGGAGAGGGUGAGGCUGGAGGAUGAGAGGAAGAAGAGCCGAGGGAAAGGAGCCAUCAGGAACAUGAAAGAGAUGGAGGGAAGAGGAGAGAGAUGAGGAGUCCAAAUAAUGAGAACACUGAAUGAAGCAACUCCUCACCUUUUUCAUGACAACAAGGAUAUUUGAUAUUUAGGUUUAAUUCAUUAAAUCUGACUACUGUUGUUUAGCAAACAUAUUUUAUUGUCCCUAAUAAGUAAUAAGCUACGAAUACUGUAGAGCAUACAGUAGACAAACAUCCUCUGGUUCAAGUUUCUCAAGUUUGAGAAUUUGCAGCUUUUCUUUGUUUUUUUGUGACCGUAAAUUGAAUAUCUUUGUUAACACAAGUCAUUUUAAGCUCUCAGAAUCUGUAAAGGCCCUGACACACCAAGACGGCUGUCGGCCUAGUUUUUGCGGUGUGUCCCGCACCGUCGGCUCUAGUCUGUCCAUCUCGGAGGCUUUUCGGCUGAUUCAGCAUGUUGACUACCGCCCCCUGCUGGUGUGGAGAGUUAUUUCCUCUCCUAACUGGCCGUCAGCUGUAGUCUUUGUGGUGUGUUCGGGUGAAACUUUUUGGCCGAGACAAAGCCGACAAGAGGCGACACAACAGUCAACUUUCAUUGCCAAUAGUUCUUUGAUGACAGGCAUGCCUUUACAGGCAUGAUUUCACUGGUUUGUUACAUUUUGAAGUAGUUCAUCAAAAAAAAAAUAAUAAUCAACAGCAAAAUGAUUGUUGCAGCCCAGCUGAAAAGACAAAGAUGUGGAAAAAUACUUACAGCUACAUGAUGAUGGCAUUUGUUUUUGCAAUCAAUCAAUUCAUUUAACGAUACAUUUUACAAAUAUUUACUAUAACUAACUAUCUGAAAUAUGAGAUUGAAAUUGACAUUGACUUGAAGAAACUAGAGUAACAGCUGCAGUUGUGGGGAUUAUCAGUGUUUAGUGGUGCUGUAAUGCUAUCAUGUCCUUGUAAAAGACACCAUCUUUAGUGCACUGCAUCUAUAUUUGGGUUUAGACUUUUGUGCGUAUUCAUCAUAGUAGGCUAUGAACUGUAUAUAUAGACUGCAGUAGUGCCCAGUUUUCAUAGCCAUGAACACGUCUGCCAGCAGACUGAGAGGUGCAGCGCGUGAACCACAACACUUUGACCCAGAUUCAAAGAAUAAAAAAAAAAUGUUUCAAAGGGCAGAAAUAGUGAAUAUCAAC